AUGCGGAGGAAUUUCAAUUUGACAAUGAUGAUAUGGGACAGAGCGAAUGCUUUAAAUAUGAUGUCAGGGCUGAGCCCUAGCGCCAGCCCCUCCCGCUGCCGCCGGCGCGAUGCCCACCACACUCGCUCCGCCAGCUUCCCCUGCCGCUCCCACCCCACUCUCUCCCUCCUCCAAGACGAGAUCCGCUCCCUCCGCGCCUCCGCCGAAAUCGGUUGUUCUUCCUCCUCUGCGGCCGCCACCGCCGCAUCGGCUUUCGAGCGGAUCGACCGCCUGCUCGCCUCGCUCGACAACCUCAUCCGGCUUCCGCAGACUCAGGACUCCCUCCGCCGCCGCUCCGCCGUGACCGACCGCCUCCUCGACGCCUUCCUCCGCCUCGCGGACGCGCAGGGCUCCUACCGCUCCGCCGCGAUCUCCCUCGCGCAACACGCCGCGGAGGCACGCGCCGCCUCCCGACGGAGGGACCCCGCGCGGCUCGCCUCCACGGCCCGGUCGCUGCGGCGCACAGAGAAGGAGAUCGCGGGGCUCGCGUCGGCCAUCAAGGAUCUGGCCAGAUGUCCUCAGUUAGCUCCAGGGCAAUGGGCAGACGCGGCGGAGGCCGAGGUGGUUGGGAUCUUGGCGGAGGCGGCAGCGGCCGCUAUGGCAGCGGUUUUCUCGAGGUCUUCCCAUGCAGCGGCGGCAGCGGCAGCGGCAGCGUCGAUGGUGAAGGAGGAGCCAUGGAGGGGGAUUUGGGGAUCGAGGAAGAAGACACAGGAGGGAGAGGAGGCGACGGUGGCGAUGGCAGUGCUGGAAGAGACCUUGGAAGGAAUGGAGGAAGGAAGCGGGAGAUUGUACAGGAGCUUGAUCAACAUUAGGGUCUCACUCCUCAACAUCAUCACCCCUUCCCUGUAAAUUGCGAAAUAUGUCACAAGAAGCCUUGUUUUUAGCUCUUCCCACUCUGAAUAUCCGUCAACGAUUACUAUCUGAACCGACAUUAAAUACAAUGUUUGAUUUGGAUUCAUAUUGGUA